AUGCUAAAAAAGGUUGAAGACACUCUUGGUCAUAUGACAAUGAUUAUCAAUAAUAUCCUCAAAGCAUUUUUACCAUCAAUAUUAGAUAAUAAUCAUGGUCAUGUUGUAACAAUUGCCAGUGGUGCUGAUUUAACAGGUGUAUUGGGUCUUGUUGAUUAUUGUUUAUCAAAAUUUUGUAGACAUGAGUUGCACAGACUGAAGAAGAUCGGUAUAAAAACAACUGUUAUUUGUCCAAAUUUUAUUAAGAUUAAUAUGUUUGAUGGUGUUACUACAAGUAUAGCAUCAAUAGCAACUCAAAUUGAAUCGCAAGUAUUAAAACAUUAUUUUAUUGCACUAGUCAAUCUCAUUCGUGGUGGUCCUUCAUUAAAAGAUCUUAAUUCAGAAAUUGUUCUCAUUACCGGUGCAGCUAGUGGACUUGGUAAAGGUAUUGCUCAACAACUGGCUCAUCUUGGUUGUACACUUGUUCUAUGGGAUAUCGAUGAAGUUAAUAAUAUUCAUGUUGCAGAAGAACUGAAUACAGUCACUAAUUCAGAACGCAUUCAUGCUAUGAAAUGUGAUUUAACAAAUAAGGAAAAUAUUUAUGAAUGUGCUAAAAAGAUUCAAGAAACUGUCGGUCAUGUAACAAUGAUUAUCAAUAAUGCUGGUACUGUUUCAGGCAAACAAUUAGUAAACUGUAGUGAUGCAUCGAUUCGACGUACAUUUGAUGUUAAUGUUAUCGCUCAUUUUUGGAUUCUCAAAGCAUUUUUACCAUCAAUGUUAGAACAUAACUAUGGUCAUAUUGUGACUAUUGCAAGUGCUGCUGGUUUAGCUGGUGUAUCAGGUUUGGUUGAUUAUUGUUCAUCAAAAUUUGCUGCUGUUGGUUUACAUGAAGCUUUAACACAUGAAUUAUAUGGUUUGAAGAAAUAUGGCAUUAAAACAACAGUUGUUUGCCCAGGUUUUAUUAAUACAGGUAUGUUUGACGGGGCUACUUCUACUGACUUAACACCGCUAUUGGAUCAAGAAAAGGUUUGUGAUGACAUCGUGAAAGGUAUUCGGCAAAAUAAGCAUUUAUUAAUUAUACCAAAAUCAUUGACGCUUUCGGCUAUUCUGAACAGAAUUGCACCAAGAGCAGCCGAACUUGAAAUACAUGACAUGAUUGGUCUUCAUAAAUCAAUGGAUACAUUUGUUGGUCGUGAAAAGAAAUCAACUUAA